AGUUGAAGAUCAGCAAGGCAGUAGCUCUGGAGGACCAGGGUUGAACACCCCUGUCCUAGAUGAUAACAUCUUGGAGGCGGAUGUAACUUAACAGCACAGAGGAGGCGCAUGAAACCUCUGAAUGGAACAGAUUCCUCGCAUUUGCCUCUGAGCCUCAGUUCGACAGUGUGGUGCUAAGAGGAAGACAGCAGUGCAAAUUUAACCUGAGCCCAGGCCUGUGAGCAUGUUCCGGCUGAGGACUGUACAUUUGUGCCUUCGCAGACUGCUUCACCGGGGGACGGUAAACCAAGAUCAAGUUCUGAAGCAACUGCGUGUUUGCUCCGUCGAAGAGCAGGUUUUUGAUGUUGUGGGCAGGAACAAGGCCAAGCUCACAGUGAACCAUGUGAGCCUUGCAGUGGAGAUGCUGUGGCAGUUCCAGAAGGAGAGACCUGAGCUGCUCAGGACUGUGGAGCUCAUUAAGAGCCACCCACAGUUCUUGACUCUCCGAGUUUUGGCUGAAAACAAAAUUGCUGUUAUGGAGGAUUUUAUGUUGGUGGAUAUUCUUUACACUUUCCUCAGGUUAAAUGUGGAUCCACAUGACUCCCUUGUUCAGCAGCUGGUUUCAGAAGCUUGGCUCAGAUUAGAUAAAUUUCCGAUGGCCUCCCUGUCCAAGUUUGCCAUCUGUCUAAAGGAUCAACAUCUUAAACGCAGUCCUCUGAUGGGCCGUAUCGCCAGCAUAGUCGAUCAGAAGUUGUCAUCUAUUGAUGAUGCCAGGGUACUAUCUGUUCUCAUGAUGUGCAUAUCGUUCUUGGUGUCUCCACGACUGCGGGAUGCCCUCAUUAACAAGGCUAGUCAUUUUUUGGACACCAUGGAUCCCUCAGAUUACAACAACGCCCGGAGGGUGGUGCAGUUCCUACACUAUGUCAAGUAUAACUACCAACCUCUGCUGGAGAAAUGCAACCAGAUCCUUUUGCGGAACAUUUCCAAGAUGGAUGCAAAAACUAUCAGGGUCCUCAUUGGUCUGUAUGAGUUCAUGCAGUUUAACCAAUGCACUUUCAGGCUGGCUGCUAAACGAAGACUGAUAGAACUGACUGAUUCAAGCACUGAUCCUAUCUCCUUCACCAAACUGUUUGUUACUCUGGCUCCCAUGGCCAGUCUGGAAACCAGAGAAAGGUUGGAAAACACUGCCCUCCUGUUGGCGGAUGAGCUCAGCGCACUGGAGGCUAUGGAAAUGGCUGAAACACUAGCAGAGAUUCAGAGCAGGAACCUAAGCUUACUGAACAAAAUCGGAUCAGUAAUCCAAAAGAACAUCCAUGUCUACAAACCUAUGGAGCUAUUUAAAAUAACCCAAGCUUUAUAUCUGCUGCAUUAUAAGAACCCUAAACUUAUUACUACGCUGAGGAACAUUUCGAUCAACUUUUUGCAGCGCAGCGUCUUACCCUAUGAGGUGACCAUGCUGACCCGCGUCCUGUCCAUGCUGCCCUGUGCGCGAUUCAAAGACAUUGUGAUGUCACGGGUGGACGCAGUGGCGACGCAGUGUAACCUCGGUGAACUCAGCAUCAUUUCGCUUGCUGUUGCCAAGUGGGUGCGGAACGACCCGUCCUACUGCCACAACACCCUCAAUAAGUACGGCCGCCUGCUGCAGACUCUGAACCGCUGCAGACACAAGAGGCUGCAGAAAGCUGAUAAACUAGAUUUGAUGCUUAAGGAACUCAAGUUCAGUUCAGGGGAUUGGUUUGAAGAAAAGCUGCUCGAGGAGACGAUAGUGACCCUGCAGAGGAUGAUGGACCAAAUAAACUGGACCAAUGUAAAGGAUCUUGCUGUCCUCUUAACUAGGAUGAACCACCUUUGCCCUCCUCUGAUGGACCGAAUUUCCAGUGUGGUCAUCCAAGACAUUGAUAAGAUUCACCACUCGGCAAUAUACCCCACCCUGCGUCCCUUUUCCCUCCUGAACUACGAUUCGCCACAAGCAGACCAGUUGUACAAGGCUUGUAUUCAGCGCUUCACUCCCCACAUAAGUUCCUUUGAGCCAUACAUGCUAGUUAUGCUAGGACACUCCUUGGCCCUGGCUGACUAUUUUCCUGAAGUACUGAUCAAGGAAAUUUUCAGUAUUAACUUCCUUGGGAAGCUGGACUCCCAACUUGAAACUGAACCUGAUGCAAUCAAUAUGUGGGUCAGGAAGCGCCUAAUGGAGCUCAAUCGUGCCGUGUGCCUUGAGUGUCCUGAGUUCCAGGUGCCAUGGUUUCAUGAGCACUACUGCCAGAAGCUGUUAAAGAAAGGUAAUGGCAUGGUCAGUCCUGUGUACCAGCAAAUACACCAAAUGCUUGGUGAGGUUCUUGGUGGAAGUCACUUUGUACGCAUAGGGGCUGUGAGUCCAUAUUUUUACACCAUAGACUUUGAAUGCAAACUGGACAAACACCUUCAGCCACUGCCAUACAGUGAUCAAGCCACACUCCACAUUUCUGACACAAAAAAGCUCUACUGGGAGAGGAAGUCUGUGGAACACAGCAGGGAGGACCUGCCCCCUGGAGCGCAGCGAGUGGCCGUGGACUUCCUUGAUUCAAAGUGCUUCUGCAGACACUCGCAUCACAUGAAAGGUUACACGCUCAUAAGAAAAAGACACCUCGAGAUUCUGGGAUAUCGUGUUGUUCAGGUGGGAAACGUCAAUGAAGCGGACUUCACCAGGCACCACAUCUAUCUAAAUAUGAGAUUGAAUAUAAUUAGUGUUUUUUUUAUUGCAGAUCCCACAUUUUGAAUGGAACUCUAUGGAGCUUUCAACGCAAGAUGCAUUGAAGGAAUAUCUAAAGAAAAAAAUAUUCAGAGAGCUUUCUUCCUGAAGGCCUUGUUUAUUUAAAUAAUGGACCACUUUGCCCUUACAUAAAGUGUUGUUAUAUUCAGUCAUGGAGUCUAAAGGUGAUGUAAAUCUACCUAAUAAGAGAAUGUAAACAUUGUUUUUUAGUUUUUACAUCAAAUAAUAGUUGAGCAUAAAAUACUUCAGAUCAG